GAAAAACCUCUGGCCAGCCAGCCCUGGCGCACCACUCGCCGCUGCAGCCCCUGCCGUGCGUGUCGUUAUCCCGCCCUCUUGGACGCUUCCUGUAGCCACCACAGCUGUUCAGAAUGGCCAACAGGGGACCUACAUAUGGCCUGAGCCGGGAGGUGCAGCAGAAGAUAGAGAAACAGUACGACGCUGACCUGGAGCAGAUCCUGAUCCAGUGGAUCACCAGCCAGUGCCGCAAGGACGUGGGUCGACCCCAGCCUGGACGUGAAAACUUCCAGAUCUGGCUCAAGGAUGGCACGGUGCUGUGUGAGCUUAUUAAUGGACUAUACCCAGAAGGGCAGGCCCCCGUGAAGAAGAUCCAGGCCUCCACCAUGGCCUUCAAGCAGAUGGAGCAGAUCUCUCAGUUCCUGCAGGCAGCCGAGCGCUAUGGAAUCAACACCACUGACAUCUUCCAAACGGUGGACCUCUGGGAAGGAAAGAACAUGGCGUGUGUGCAGCGGACGCUGAUGAACCUGGGUGGGCUGGCGGUAGCCCGGGAUGAUGGGUUCUUUGCUGGGGAUCCCAAUUGGUUUCCUAAGAAAUCCAAGGAGAACCCUCGGAACUUCUCGGACAACCAGCUGCAAGAGGGCAAGAACGUGAUUGGGUUACAGAUGGGUACCAACCGUGGGGCGUCUCAGGCAGGCAUGACCGGCUACGGAAUGCCACGCCAGAUCCUCUGAUCCCACCCUGCUCCUGUCCUCCUGUGAACCGUUAAUAUAUAUGUAUUUGUAUAUUUUAGCAGUGACAUUCCUCGAGAGCCCCUGGAGACCUUCAGCUCCUCUCUGCCAGGGUGGGGAUCCAACCUGUCCUGUUGGCUGCCUCUCUUCCUGCGCUUACUAAUACACUCC